UAGCCUGAACAUCUCAUCACAUGUGAGGAGUACAGGCUGUCUGGAGUAGACGGACAGAGAAAUAGAUGAAGAAAGAAGGAAAAUAGGACGAGGUGAAGUAAGUCAUUGUAACGGAGUGUGGCUCUGAGCGGUUGGCUGAUGACGUGAAGCACUACACACACAUCUGGAACAGCUUGUGCAGCUGCACCUGAAGAGAAGGGCUCCUCCGCAAAGCGUCUGCCGGCACUUUCUUUUUCUCCAGUGCUCUUUUUAAUUUUUUUUCUUCAGGCUGUCUUUAAGUCUUCCUCUCUCUGGUCUCCGUCUGUUGGAUCACUGGAAUGGUAACCCGCGGAGCAUCAGCAAAGAAGAGCGAGUGACCCGAAGCGAAAGAGAAGAGGAGGGAGAAAGCAGAAGAGGACAGUUGCAUGGGGAAGAAUUAUUAGGCAUGAGGUAUGAGAGAGAAGUUGACAACCAGAGCAAGUGAAGGAGAGAGGGAGCGUGAUCAAUUUACAAUAAAAGAAAGGGGUGAAGAGUGAGAGAGUGUUAAGACGGGAAAGAGAAGCAGUGAGGGGAUUAAAAAGCUGGAAUGCGCUGAAACUGGAGACCUUAGUUUCUGUUUGCAUUUGGCAACUCUGUCACUCCACAGGUUUAUCAUACAAACACCAAUUUACCAACACACACGCUCACACACACACACACACACACACACACACACACACACACACACACACACACACACACACACGCACACACACACACACACACGCUGUUUGUUUUGGAGGAUGAUCCCAGGAGGCUCACGCCUGGUAAGCCCCCACCCCUCACCCUCAGCCUGCCUUCCCAAAAGUGCCCUCCCUCUGGCCCUCUCAGGCUACCUGCAUGAGUCACAACACGCUGGAGCUGGAGAGUCACAGAGUCACAGUCAUUGAGAGCUGAGAAUCCCUGUGUUGCCCACGGGACACAGCUGCAGUCACCCUGGCUGUGAAAGACAGAGGAGCUUUACCCAUCUGCUGACCUGCAGGAUGUCCAAAGCUUCCAGGCUGGCCCGGCCCCCCUCAAUAGGGUCCAGAUCCAAGCUGCCCUCCCCAAGGAAGGAAUGCCCUGGCACGGCCGGUCGAGCCCGGGUUCUGAGCGUGGGAGAAAAGCUAAUGAGGGCAGGUAGUGACGGUAUCCUGAGCAGACAGAAGUCUAUAAAGGCCACUAUGCCACAGCACAAAGCACAGAGUGAGACCCAGACUGAGACUCCGGCCCCCAGCCACGGUCCAGCUGAGAGGGGCCAAAACAUGGAGACGGUCCCUCCCAAGAGCAAGAUCAGCUCAACAAAAGGCUCAAGUCAGCAUCAAGGCUCUGUGCACAAACAAACCAAAAGCAACCUGAAGGUAACCUACCCAGAGGAAGCCCAGCACGUAAGCCGCAGACAGGCCUCCCCAAAUGGGACGGCCCCUUCAAGAGGGGAUGCCAAAGGCAGCCGGACGGUCCCUCGAAGACACACAUUAGGGGGAGCCCGCAGCUCCCAAGAGAUCCUAGCUAUGCAGCCAUCAGACAUGGACAAGAAGAGGGAGGCCUUCCUGGAGCAUCUGAAGCAGAAAUACCCCCAUCAUGCCUCAGCGAUCAUGGGCCAUCAGGAAAGGCUGCGAGAGCAGUCUUUACAGGGCAUGCUCUCCUCCCUUCACUCUGAACUUGACAUUCAGAGGUACCUGAUGAAAAUCCAAUUGCCCCACAGAAGCAGAAGCCCAAAGCACGGCCCCCAGCACAGCAUCGGCGACCAGGUUGACCACCUAUCCUUGGCCUCCCUGGAGUCGUUGGACGCCAUGUCUGAUGCCGACGUACCUACAGCCUUUACCCGCGGUAGCCGGAUUCGUGCUAGCCUGCCCGUGGUGCGGUCAACCAACCAGACAAAGGACCGAUCGCUUGGUGUGCUGUACCUGCAGUACGGGGACGAGACCAAACAGAUCCGCAUGCCUAAUGAGAUCACCAGCAUUGACACUAUCAGAGCUUUGUUUGUUAGUGCCUUCUCGCAGCAGCUGACUAUGAAGAUGUUGGAGUCACCAAGCGUCGCCGUCUACGUCAAAGAUGACAUGAGAAAUAUGUAUUAUGAGCUCACUGAUGUCAGGAACAUCACGGAUCACUCCUGCCUGAAGGUCUACCACAAAGACCCAGCACAGGCGUUCAGCCACGGGCCAAGACCUGCCAACAGCGAUGCCAGGAUCCACAGUGAGAUGGUGCAUGCCGGUCGUGAUGGCCCUCAACCUCUGAGACAGCCCCCCAUGGGUCCCCCAUCACACCACCCAAUGCAGGGAGCACUUCCCCCGACUCCCCAGUCCAUGCCCCCAUCCCCCUCCAGAAUCCCAUUUGGCCCACGGCAAGGCUCUAUACCUGGCAAUGCCACUAUCCCAAGGGACCGGCUGACUAAUACCAACCCUCCGGCUCGCUCUAUCUCACCCUGUCCCAGCGCCAUUCUGGAGAGACGGGAUGUCAAGCCAGAUGAGGACAUAGGUGGGAAAAGCCACAGUCUUUCCAGGGGAAAUGAGGGGCUGUAUGCAGACCCGUACUUGCUCCAAGACGGAAGAAUUAGUAUGGCUACUACCCAUGGACCACACCCCAGCCCUGGUCUUGAUGGUCCAGAUCAUGGCAUGGGGGGAUUUCACCGUGCCUCAAUCCGCUCCACAAGCUCUUACAGCGGGCCCAGCCCCACAGACACUAUGGAUCACCCCUCUCUGUACAGGCAGAAGUCCAGAAACAGCCAGCUACCUACUUUGGGCUCCAAGACUCCUCCCCCAUCCCCUCACCGGAUGGCUGAGGUACGGAUAAUUGACAUCCAGUGCGGGUCUCCUCAUGGUGUGCCACCUCAUGGCGGGCCUCCUCAUGGCGGGCCUCCUCAUGGUGUACCACCCCAUGGCGUUCUCAUGGAGAGAAGCUCACCUGUGCGCCAGUCCUUCAGGAAGGAGGAUAUGGCAGGGAACAAGCCUCGGAGCAACAUGGGAUCACCUACAGUUUCAGACCUCCAGGGUCACCUCCAGGGUCCCAUCCCAGCUGCCAAUGAGCAUCACACACGAGUGCGAAUGAAGGCUAUGGAGCAACAGAUUGCCAGCUUGACUGGUCUUGUUCAGCAUGCACUUUUAAAGGAGCCAAACACUAGUGGCACCAAGGAGCUACUAAGUGAGAGACCCCCGAAGACAUCAUCUCCAGCCCACAGUGCACAUAGCUCAGGUGGUUCCCCAGUCUUGGCUCCCAAGAGCAGUAGAGCUCCAUCAGACAAGGGCCCAGUUCCUCUCAAAGUCAACCUCCUGCAGUUCAGGAAGAAUGUUUCUGACCUCAGGAUGCAACUCCAUCAGAUGAAACAGCUUCAGCUCCAGAACCAGGAGGCUUUAAGAGUCCAGCUGAAGCGGGCCGAGCAGGAAAUCAGUGUUAGACUCGCUGAGGCCAUGCGGGGUCUGGAGGACCCUGUGCAGAGGCAGAGAGCUUUGGUGGAAGAGGACAGGCACAAGUACUUGGGUCUGGAGGAGCAUGUCCUCAUACAGCUAGGCGAAUUGGAGCAGUAUGUCGGCUCUCUGCAGAAAGUCUCCGCAGAGACACACCGAGUAGUGACCCUGAAGGAUUUGGAGGAGGGAGCGGUGACUCUGAGGAAGGUGGGAGAAUCUCUGGCAGGGCUCAAAGGAGAGUUCCCAGCCCUACAAACGAGAAUGGGGUCGGUGCUCAGGGUAGAAGUGGAAGCUGUCAAGUUUUUGAAGGAGGAGCCUCAUAAACUGGAUAGCAUGCUGAAAAGGGUCAAGAGCCUGACUGAUACACUCAGCAGUCUGAAAAGAUGUGCUAUUGAGGGCCCUCAGAAAGGACCUGAUCCCUCUGCUAAUGUCCAAGUGGACAACAGCCUUUCAGCAGCAGCAGAAGCCCUUGCAGAAGCUGGCUCCACAUCCGCCCCACUGGAGCCCCAGAGCUCCACUAUCAAAUCAGAGGUGAUGCCUGCCUCUCCGGUGGUCAUCCAUCAUGUCCAGAGCUCCCGGGUCCACAUGCAACAGUCCCAGCAGUCUGCAGCAUUGACAGUACAGCCGAGCCCACCGCUCACUCCCAGCCCCUCUCACACCCCCAGUCCCAACCCGAGCAAGAGUCAAGGCUGGGAAUCUCCCAACGGGGCAGCCUCGGAUCCACCGAGUCCUGGCCAUCAUAAGAAGCCACAAGGGUACCCAGUGAAUAAUGGCAACGGCACAGGUCUUGUCAUAGAGGAGCUCCAGAACAGUCAGGACAAGAGCAAAAACAGAGCCCUGUGCAUAAAGGCAGCAGAGAAGGAGUGGGAAGAGAGGAGGCAGAACAUGGGUCAUUAUGAUGGAAAAGAGUUUGAAAAGAUCCUCCUGGAGGCCCAGGCCAACAUGAUGAAGGGCAUUCCCAGUCUAGAUGUGCAAGAGAACCCAGCACUUCACCCUGCUGUCACCGCAGAACAAGCAGACAUCCAUAAGCCUGUGGAGUCACCCACAGAGGAACCCCUGUCUAUGCCUAAGUCUGAUGAAUCAGGCAAAAAGGGGCCUCAGAAACCUACAAAUCCUCUGUUGGAGAAACCAGCCAAACCUGCACUGGAGAGACCCUCGAAGACUGCCACUAAGCCAGCUCCCACUGAAAGUUUUACAAAGCAAGGGACUGAAAAGUCCAUUAAGUCCCCACCGCCACCUCCUCCAAGGAAGACCUACUCCAGCUCGAGCUCAGGUAUGACCACCACACGCUCUGGCGAAGUGGUCUACACCAGCAGGAAGGAGUCCAUCUCGGCACAGGAGGGUGAAGUGGACCCUCCACCUCAAAGUCCCCAACCCAAGCCCAACAAGGUGCCACCGGAGACCAAGCCGAAGCCAGCCACCCCUCCCCCCAUCACUGCUUCAGUUAUCGGAGAGGAGGAGGAUGAAGGGGACAAGAUCAUGGCAGAGCUCCAGGUAUUCCAGAAGUGCAAAGUUAAGGAUGUAGGGGUGAAAUAUUUGGUAGAACCCACCUCUCGAAUUGAACCGCAAAUCAGAGAAUUAAGACCAGGGGCCUUAUUGCCCCUCAAAGAGAAAAAGCAGAGCUCAGAGCCCACUCGAGAGGAUAAAGACCCAGACACAGAUGAAAAUGGGAAUACUACUGUCCGACAGAGCCAAGGGGUCAUAUACUAUGUGACUGGCCAGAUUCCCAAAGAGCCACCCCCGUCAGGAACGGAGGAAACCCCCGAACACCGAGAGCCCACACAACCUCCAUCACAGGUGUCAAAUGUCAAUGUUAAUGACAAUUCUUCAAGCCAGCAGCAGCCACCACUGUCUCCACCACCCAAAUCACCCCCACCUAUAUCACCUAAACCUGUGGGACUGAAAGGAUUCAAACUUCCAAGGAAGCAAGUUAAACGCUCCGAAUCCUUGAAGACCAGUGCAGAAAAGGAGAAGGGGAAAAUUCUCAAUAAAAUUAACAAUGAAAAGAAAAGUAAAGUCAUCCAGAAACAUGUUUCUACCAGUGAGAAUAUAAUACCUGAGCCUGUGGCUAUCACACCACCCAGUACUAUAAGAGAGGUGCCUAAAAGUUCUGUGGCUCUUAGUGAGGACAUUGAUCCACUUAAAGCUAACUGUGAGGAGGGUAAUGACGAGGCUAGUCUUAGUCCUGACUUACCUGGAGAAGAGGCACCUCCACCCCCUGACAACAUAGCAUUUAUGAUCACUAACACCAAAGUUCAGGCCCUGUCCUGUGGCGAGUACCAAGAACUGGUCAAUGCCAAGAAAGGAAGUGUCCAGACUGUUACUGUGGGGAGCGCCACUAACCAAGCGUACAGCACAGCGGAUCACAAUGGGCCACAGGACAAUGGCUUUAACAAGAAGCCUGUCAUCAUCAUUUUUGACGAGCCCAUGGACAUCCGUUCAGCGUACAAGCGCCUGUCCACCGUCUUUGAAUGUGAGGAGGAACUGGACAGAAUGCUCGCAGCAGAGUGCAUCGAGGAGGAGAGUGAGGAGUCUGACACGGAGAGGAGUGGUGGCCCGCAGGUUAAAGCGGGAGGGACUGAGGUGGUUGAUGGCAUAAAUGUCAGCACGUCACAGGUCACUGCAGAUCACUUUGACAUAUUACCCUCAUCUUCAUCUUCAAUCUUGGAAUCAAAUGGUGACGCCAAGCAAGAUGUUAAGAAGAAGUUCAAGUUUAAGUUCCCUAAGAAACAGCUGGCAGCACUGACCCAAGCAAUUCGCACGGGCACCAAGUCAGGCAAGAAGACCUUACAGGUGGUUGUGUAUGAAGAUGAGGAGGAACCUGACGGUACUGUCAAGCAGCACAAAGAAGCAAAGAGAUAUGAGAUCACACGUUCAAAGUCCUUGGCAGACGCUCCCAAGGCAACCGGCUCAGUUGCGCUGAAGAGACAGAAUUCCGACUCCCUCUACAGGACGGAUGAGAUCCGGAAGAACACCUACAAGACACUGGACAGCCUGGAGCAGACCAUCAAGCAGCUGGAGACCACUAUCAGUGAGAUGGGACCAUGCUCCCCUGGGGAGCCAGUCUGCACAGAGGAAGCUAAAGCAGGGAAUGGGAAAAGCUCAGAAGGAGUGGGGCUGAAGAGGUCUUCCUCUCUCCCUACCUCCAGAGCGUCAGGCCCUAAGGUACCCAGCAAAAACUUUUUGCAGAAGAAGCCAAAACCUCAGCUCCUUCCUCGCCCUGUAGUCAUCCCUACUACCACCACCACCACCGUCCCCAGUGUCCCCAGCACCGUACAACAGAUCCCAUUGCAGAACACCAGUGUCGCUUCCCCUACUAGUCGGAUGCCCGUCCCUUUGUCUGCGAAGUCCAGGCAGUCGCCGGGUACUACUGACAAAGCAGGAAAACAGCAAAAACUGCAGGACGCUCAGAGGCAGUUCCGACAGGCUAACGGAAGUGCUAAAAGAGUGGGAGGGGAUCAUAAAACUACUUCCCCUACUAUACCCACCUCUAAAAUCCCUGCUUUUUAUCCUAGCUCUACUAAAGGCAGCUCCCAGUCCGCACCAAACUCAGAUGCUACUAAUCCCAUUAACUCUUCCUCCUCCUCCUCCUCCUCCUCUUCCUCCUCUGUGACAAAGUCAUCCCUCCUGUCCUUUCACACUCCUCGUUCCGGUUCCCAACCCUCCUCCCACAUCCCUUCCCUUUCUAACGGAUCCCUCAAACUCCCCACACCCUCACAGCACACAGGUAAAGCUCUGUCGUUCUCCUCGCAGACUCAGAAUGGUCGAGUGCACUCCUCCUCUUCAUUCUCCUCCUCAUCCUCCUCCCCCUCCCCUCUGUCGCCCACACCUUUGGGCCCAGGUGGAAAGAGCAUCCGCACCAUACACACCCCCAGCUUCACCAGCUACAGGUCCCACAACGGCAGCAGCGGCAAAUCCUGCAUCCCAACAGCCACAGCAGCUAAGGACACCACCUAGCCUCAUUAGCCCCUCUGGCUUUACCGCAUAGCAGGUAGAGCUGGUCAUGUUGAUUAUGUAUUGUUUUGGUUUGCAGUUUUUCUUUGCGUUUUUUAACGCUUUUGUAAAAGUAUUAAGUGAUGCACUCCCCCACUUCAUAUUUUAUUUGACACUGACAUUCUCACACCAGUGUUUAUUUCUUAUAAGUUGACUUUUUCAAUUUUGAAAAAUACUUACUUAGAUUCUCAUUCUUUUUUGGAGCUGUUCUAGAUGUUCUGACAAAAUAUUUUAUUAAAAAACAUUGUACCUUUACCACUUUGUAGUUGAAAUGGAAGGCUCUCAUGGUGUUGGAAAUCUAUUUUUCUUGCUGUAGCUAGGAAUAGGGAAUAUAGAGUUGAUGUACAAUCACAAAGUACCAUGUAAAAAUGUUGUUUUAUUUUUCAAACCAGAGAUUGAAAAACCAUAGUAUAUUUAAUCGUCUAUAUUUCUUAUGUUGCCACACAUUCAACACAGCCCUUGUAAAUGCCUUUUAUGAGUGUAUACAUUAUGCAUACAGACAUUUUAAAGUUGAAUUCAUUGUUAACUUCUGUUUUUCAAGGGAAUUUUCUCAUUUUUCUCACUCAUAUGUAAAGCUGGUAUGAUAAAUAACACACAUUUUCAUUUUAGUGUGCCUAUUUGCCAAAGUUGUAGUACAAUGACUCACUUCAGGCCUGACUCAGUCACAAGAUUUAGGGGAGUUUACAUGCACUCUCUUGGUGUCAUGGCGGAAGUAUUGACCUCAGUGUUUGCACUGCUGGUCUUGGUUUGUUAAGUUAACAUAUGUUGUUGUCUAAAUGUAAACUGUACUAAAAAAAGUGAAUCAGUUCUACCACAUGUACAUAGAUGCUUCUACUAAGAAAAUAAGUAGUUUUGUUAACAUACCAAAGUUUAUUUGUAUGCAUGCCUUUCAAAUACUUUAGGAGAGUGGUAAAAGAAGAAUUAUGUUUGCACAGAUAGAUUUUGUAAAUAUCUGGUUUUCUCUCAUUUUUGUAAAGCUUUAAAUCAUACUAUAAAGGAGCAAUGUGGUUAAGACAAAAACUGUGUUGGAUUAGCAAAAAUAAAGACUUGCAUGCUUGUAAUGCAAUGAGCUUCAA